AUGGACUCCAGUGAUAUCCCAUAUGACCAAACAGUUGGCUUUAGUGAAGUGCCACAAGGGCAAACAACUAGAGCUAAUGCUAGGGCAACAAACUCACCCACCAAUGAUAUAAAUAGUGAUUGUUUCACUGAGGGGAGGGAUAAAAGGAGGGCUGCUGAUAUAGAAGAGUCUACUGAGGAUAAAGGGGAGUACUACAACUUUCAUCUAGCCACAAAUUCAGAUUGUGAUGAAUUUGAGAAGGAUACAGAUGACUCACUGUAUGAUGCUGAUGAGGAUAUCGUAGGAGAGACAAGUGAUACAGACGCUGACCUUGUUGCUGCAGAUCUAAACAUUUACAAGGACAAGACUACUAAAUAUGCUUGCAAGUUGGGUGAGGAUGAGCAGUACCUAGAUAGUUCAGAUCCAGGGAGUGAGGAUAGUACUGAUGAUGAUGUUGAUGCAGAUGAUGAGAACACCGAAGGUUUCACCAUUUUCUCCGUUGAUCCUUCACAUCCUUUUUACAUUCAUCCAUCAGAUAAUCCUAAUACUCCCCUAGUAUCUCCUUCAUUCGAUGGUCGUGGUUUUGUAGUAUGGCGAAAGGAUAUGCUAGUUGCACUUUCUGCCAAAAAUAAACUCGGGGUAAUAACAGGAAGAAAUCCCCAACCAGAACCAAAUUCUCCUUAUUAUUCUGCUUGGGAGAGGUGCAAUGACAUGCUCAUUGCGUGGAUGACAAAUUCUUUGACUAGAGAGAUUUCAAUCAGUCUUAUAGGAUUCAAUACUUCUAAAGACAUUUGGAAAGACAUAAAUGAAAGGUUUGGUCAAUCCAAUGGGUCAAAAUACAUUCAGAUUCAGAGAGAAAUUAGUGCUACUACCCCAGGAUCUUUAGACAUAGCAACAUACUAUACUAGGAUGAAAGGGUUAUGGGAUGAACUCAACGCUGCUUAUGUGGGUCCAACAUGUACCUGUGGAGCUCUACCUAAACUCUUAGAAGAUCAACAAUUGUUCCAGUUCCUUAGUGGGUUAAAUGACACAUAUUCUUCAUGUAAAACCAACAUUAUGAUGAUGUCUCCCUAUCCUUCCAUAAGCAAAGCAUAUUCCAUGCUCCAGCAUGAUGAACAUCAGAAGGAAAGCACAAAUCACAUCCCAAAUUUCUCAAAUGAUUUAGCUUCAUUUUCUGCUUCUGCUGGACAGAGUUUCAACAACAGGUCAUUCUCUCAAAGGGUUCAGUUUGAUUCAAAGAAGCAACCCUCAUCCUCUGUUUUUUGUAAGUACUGUAAGAAGCAGGGUCACACUAUUGACAAGUGCUACAAACUUCAUGGGUUCCCUCCUGAAUUUAAGUUCACCAAGAAUAGAAAGGGUUCAGCCUCUUGUGUUCAGAAUUCUACAUUUACUCCAGAUUAUGCUGAUCAAAGUUCUGCUCCUCAUGGUUUCACUAAAGAGCAAUAUCAUCAUCUUCUGAGCCUACUCCACAAGACACAUGUUACACCUCCUCAACAUACACCUGGGUAUUCUGCUCCUGAAUUCACUCCUGAUGCUUCUCUUGGUGAAAAUGCUGCAUUUGCUAGCUUUGCAGGUGUGUUCUGUUAUGUUGUUAGUAGUACUGAUUUUCAUGUUUGUGGAUUAUCAAAAGUAGAUGUAGAUUCUUGGAUUCUAGACUCUGGGGCAACUAAUCACAUGACACCACACAAACAUUUUCUUCACAACCUCAAACCUUUAUCUGUUCCUUUCCUGAUUACUCUCCCUAAUGGUUACAAAGUAAAGGUUAUAUCUACUGGAUCUUUACUCUUAAGACAUGACAUAACUCUACACAAUGUACUUCUUGUACCUUCAUUUCAUUUUAAUUUGAUAUCUAUUCACAAAUUGAUUGUCCAACUUGAUUGUUUUGCAAUUCUUACCAAAUUUGCUUGUUUUCUACAGGGCCCUUCUCUGAAGAGGCCAUUGGAAAUUGGUAAAGCUUCUAAAGGAUUGUACUUCUUGCACCCAGAAAACUCAUCUACUUCAGUCUGUCCUAAUGUUUCUUAUCUUAGUCUAAAUGUUCCUCAUACUUUAAAUGUUGCUCAUGUUUGUACUUCUCUUUGUUCUGAACAUGUGACAUCUUCUCAUGCUAAUCAUGAUUCUUAUACAAAUCCUACUGUACUUGUUGUACCAUGUAAUGGUUCAAAUGUUGGAAAUAAAAAUGAUCUCUUUUGGCAUCAACGACUAGGUCACAUGCCCUUCAAUAAGAUGAAAACUAUUUUUUUUUUAUCUGGAAAACUUUCAUCUAAACAACCAUUCCUUUGUUCUGUAUGUCCUAUGGCUAGACAACAAAGGUUGCCAUUUUCUGAUAGUUCUAUUCACUCUAAUGUUCCUUUUCAUUUAGUACAUAUUGAUAUAUGGGGGCCAUACCACACAAGAACUUACAAUGGUUUCAGAUAUUUCAUUACUCUAGUUGAUGAUUUUUCUAGAGUAACUUGGACUCAUUUACUAACCUGCAAAAGUGAUGCCCUUCCUGUCUUAAAGGCUUUUGUUUCCAUGGUUAAAGUUCACUUCCAUUCUAGUGUUCAAAUUUUUCGGUCCGACAAUGCUUUUGAAUUAGGAGGAAGUUCUGAAUGUAAAACUUUCUUCUCUGAUAAUGGCAUUUUAUACCAAACCUCCAUUCCUCACACUCCACAACAAAAUGGAGUGGUUGAGAGGAAACAUAAACACCUUCUAGAAGUAUCAAGGGCAUUACUUUUCCAAUCUAAACUUCCUUUGAAAUACUGGGGUGAAUGUGUUCUGACUGCCACUUACUUAAACAGAUUCCCUUCUUCUGUUUUGCAAAACACUUCUCCCUUUGAAAAAUUACAUGGCAAUUCUCCUUCUUAUGACCAUCUUAGGUCUUUUGGAUGCCUAUGCCAUGCUUCUUCACCUAAACCUGGGAGAGAUAAGUUUCAAAGUAGAUCAAUUCCUGCUGUUUUUAUUGGUUAUCCUUGUGGCAAGAAAGGCUAUAAACUUCUAAGUCUUCUUAAUCACUCUAUCUUUUACUCUAGAGAUGUUCACUUUUAUGAAACAAUUUUUCCUUAUCAUUCUCCUACUCCUUCUACAGUCUCCCUACCUACUCCUCCCAUAUUUGUUGAUACUCCUUCACCUCCUCCUUCUUUUCCUUCACAGGCAGCCCUACCUACUGCUCAUACUCCUCCUAGUCCUGUUUUACAUCAUUCUCCUAUACCUAUUUCUCCUCUCAUGCCUAAUAUUUCCUCACCUCCACAUCCUUCUAUCCUGAACCAAUCUUUACCCUCUCCUCCCAUAAGAAAAUCCUCCAGAUAUGUUAACCCACCUUCUUAUCUUUCUGACUAUGUUUGUUCUUAUGUUACCUCUUCCAAUACUGUCCUACCUUCUUCUUCUGAUUCUGCCCCUCUUUUAUCUACUUCUACAAUAUCUUUACAUGAACCUCAGUACUAUCAACAAGCAGUCUCACAUCCUGCUUGGCAACAAGCCAUGAUGAAAGAGUUUGAAGCUCUUGAGGCUAAUCACACAUGGGACAUAGUCCCACUUCCACCACAUAAGAAGGCCAUUCCUUGUAAAUGGGUAUACAAAAUCAAACAAAAGUCUGAUGGAUCCAUAGAUAGGUAUAAGGCAAGAUUGGUUAUAAGGGGGGACACUCAAAAGGAGGGUAUUGACUAUACUGAAACCUUCUCUCCCGUUGUGAAGAUGACCACCAUCAAAUGUUUACUAUCUUUAGCCAUCAAGAGAAAUUGGACAGUUUUCCAACUUGAUGUAAAUAAUGCCUUUUUACAUGGUGAUUUACAUGAAGAGGUGUACAUGAAGAUUCCUCCUGGCCUAGAGGCUUUGCUGUCCAGAGGUUAUUGCUCUAGCAAGAAUGAUUAUUUCCUCUUCACCAAGUUCUCUGGUGAUUCCCUUAUUGUGCUUGCUGUUUAUGUUGAUGAUAUCCUUCUUGCUAGGGAUGAUCUUUCUGAAUUGACUGAUUUGAAGAAGUUUUUGGAUAACCAAUUUAAAAUUAAAGACCUUGGUCUUGUGCACUAUUUUUUGGGGUUGGAAAUAUCCAAACAACCUGCUGGUUAUGUUAUGAGUCAACAAAAGUAUGCUUCGGAUCUCCUUGCUGAGUUUAAGUGUGAUCAUUUUAGUUCUGUUGUGACUCCACUUGACCCUUCCUCCAAAUUUUUGGUUCCUCAGGUGCCACACAUGUUGGCUGGCCUCCAUGUCCUCCGAUACAUCAUGAAUGCUCCCGCUCAAGGUAUUCUCCUUUCUCAGUCACCUGACUAUUCUCUCAAGGCUUAUUCCGACACCGACUGGGCUGCUUGUGCUAAUUCUCGCAAAUCUGUCACUGGUUUCUUUAUCACUCUUGGUGGUAGUCCAAUUUCUUGGAAAAGUAAGAAACAACCCACUAUCUCUCUCUCUCUUCUGCUGAAGCAGGAUACAGGGCCCUUCGUAUGCCAAGCUGCUCUCCACAGUGCUAAGAAUCCUGUUUUUCACGAGCGCACAAAACACAUCGAGGUCUAUUGCCACUUUGUGCGUGAUUGUUUGACUGAUGGAUUGAUCUCUUUACAUUUUGUUUCUUCUAAUACUCAGCUGGCUGAUCUUAUGACAAAGUCAUUAUAUGGUGCUGCUCAUCGUAAUAUUCUCUCCAAGCUGGGAGUGUUCCCACCCUCCAGCUUGAGGGGGGAUGAAAACAUGGACACUAAUAUGGCAGCCCAAUCAUAG